GGCCAAGGUCAUUACCGCUUGAGCUGCUCUGGUUCACGUCCACUCCGUACAAGACGCAACCUUUUCUCCUGGCUGAGCCCCGUCUCAACCGGAACUUCCAGAACAACAUGUACGACUUGUCCAAACCCCAUCCGCUGUUAGCCCAGAUACCCUUAACAGUUUCCCCGUUCGUCUCUUUGCCGACGGCCAUGACCCUUCCAUACACCUAUAAAUCCGUCCCUUCUACUCUCCCACCUUCUGUUCUAGCUGAUGGAGCCAGCUCGGAAAAGGCCCGCUAUGUGGUUUCUUCCGGUGGCCACGCCGCUCAUCCAGAUGAGAUUAUCGCUUCAUGUCAACAGCUUGAGGAUCAUAUAAACAAACUACGGGCAGAGACAGAGGCUACAAUCCGAGAAUGGGAAGAAUCAAACAAGGCUCGCGAGCUCGCGGAAAAGCGACGUGUUGCUCCUGGGUGGCUAGAUCGAGAGGAGAAGCUUCUGCAGCCGAUCCACUCAUCAUCCAAGGCUGGCGCUCAGAGUGAGGCAAGCAUUUUAGAAGGACAGUUGGCGGAACAAAGCAGGAAGGUGACUACAUCUCCGAUGAUCCCAAAGAACGAGGGAGAGGAGCUUGAUCGUGCAUUUGGGGGGCUUGCACUAAGGUGAAAUCCAUCGGAUGUGCUUUACAACAUGCCACAAGGUCACCUUUACAUCCUCCGUAUGAGCUUCACGGGAAGGCUCGGUUUCGGAACAGGUACUCUCAGCACGCCUAGUAGCAAAUUAUUGCGCUACGGUCGUCCACCCUCCCCAGUACAAAGUGGGAUUGAUUUCACUCAAGGUCCCCAUCCUUGCGGGGUGAGUUUUUAAGCGGGCCAUGGGAGAUAUCGCCGAAGGGGAACGCAUACGACAUUUCUCUCAAAUCAGUAAGACACGCUCUAGAAGCAUUUUAGAUCCUCCAGCCCGCCAUAUCAAUAUUUAUUAUUAGUAGUAGCAAUAGACUUGAGGUCUGGUCAGUUUGGCGUGGUCGAGGAUUCGGGAGAUGGGCAUAUCUUAAGUCCCACAUGUAUCUGGUUAUAGGAUUAUAUAUAUUUAAGAAAAUUCUCAA